CUGUGCCACAGUCUGGGUUUUUAGAGGAGUAGAGAGAGAAGCAGAGAGAUUUUUUUCUACCUGCGUGUUUUCUCCUGUCGAUGAAGCUCUGGAUGGCUGCUUAACCCACGCAGAAAGAGAGAGAAAAAAAAAAAACUCCACGCAGUCAGUCCACAGAUGUGAUAGAGCGGAUUUAAUUCUCACUUUUUCACUGGAGUCACAAAGAAGAGCUGCGAGAUGAAGUACAAAAACCUGAUGGCCAAAGCAUUGUACGACAACGUGCCCGAGUCCCCCGAGGAGCUGGCCUUCCGCAAAGGGGACAUCCUCACCGUCAUCGAGCAGAACACAGGGGGCCUGGAGGGAUGGUGGCUCUGCUCCCUGCACGGCCGCCAAGGCAUCGCCCCCGGCAAUCGCCUGAAGCUGCUGAUCGGACCCAUGUUUGAGGCUCAGUCGCCGGCCGCCGCCGCUUCCAACGCCGCCCAGUCCUCCCCUCAGAGCUCGGCCUAUCAGCAGAAGGCGGGCUCGGGGUCUCAAGGGCUCUACCAGGUGCCUCCGUCCCUCCAGAGUCCACAGCAGCAGAGUCAGCAGAGCAUCUACCAGGUUCCCCCCGCGCAAGACAUCUACCAGGUCCCACCGAGGAGCACGCUAGCAGCUGAAAACACUCCGAGCAAGGUGGUGACCCCGACCAGAGUGGGACAGUCCUACACCUACAGCCCGGGACAGCACAACCAGCAGGACCUCUAUGACGUCCCACCGAGUAGAGCACAGGGGGUUUACGAUAUUCCGCCUGGUCAGAUGUUUCCUGCUGCGAGAAACCAGGGGGUCUACGAUGUUCCCCCGUCUCAAAUGGACCUGAGGACCGGGGGGCAUCACGAGGGCGUUUAUGACAUACCUCCCUCUUCACAAGGGGUCUACUCGGUGCCUCCCUGCAGGACCAACCCGGCCCUCGAGGAGGGGAACUACGACUUCCCGCAGCCUCUCAAACACAAGCAGGAAGGCAUCUACGACGUGCCGCCGCCUGCCCUCACCAAGCCCGCCCAGAGCCCCCAGUCCCAUUACGAUUUCCCCCCCAGCGUGGAGCCUCCUGCCCACCACCAACAACCGAACGCCAACGGCAACGAAGGCAUCUACGACGUGCCUCCGCCUGCGCUGCACUCGGGGGCGGGGUCUCACAGGGAUGUGUACGACAUCCCUCGGGGCAUGCAGCACAGAAUGUCGCCGGCCGACAGAGACGGCAGCAAAGGCGUCUACGACAUCCCCGCUCAGGACGCUCGCGCUGUAGCGGACUUGACGGACGGAGUGAACCGUCUGUCUUUCUCGAGCACGGGCAGCACGCGCAGCAGCAUGUCCACGUCCUCAUCCUCCACCGGGUCCAGCUCUGAGGGACGCCUCGCUCUGGACGUGGACGCCGCUCUGCAGAGGUUGCACCGCCUGCAGCAGUGCGUCGACGCCUCGGUCGGGGCUUUGCACUCGAUGUCAGCCUCCCCCCACUGGAGGACUUUCCCGUUCAUGGAGCGCCACGCUAACGACGUGCGCACGGUGCUGGACCGGGUGCGUGCCACUCUGGGGGACUUUGUCGUGUUUGGUCGGGGGGCCGCGGCGAAUGCCACCGCUCUGUCGGACUCCAGCCUGCACAGUAAACUGAGACGACAGCUGGGCCGCCUGGAGGACUCGCAGCAGAUCCUCCUGCAGAUCUAUCAGGUCCUGGAGAACUGCAACUGGGCUCUGAACGCCUUGGCGUCGUCCGGCCGACAGCACAACAAGACUGACGACCUGGAUCGCUUCGUCAUGGUCUCUAGGACGGUUCCCGACGACGCCAAGCAGCUGGCGUCCACGAUAGGUGGCAACGCGGAGCUGCUGUUCAGGCGGACGCACAUGGACGGGUCUUUCUCCAUCGGGAGCACGCCUGAGGAGAACAUGAUCCACCCGCUCACCUCCCCCUCCUCGGAUAACGACAACUACGGGGGGCAGACCAAACCCUUCCCCGUGUCCUCGGGCCAGGACAAAGACAACAUGAACAACAGUGAGAAGUGUGUGAAGAGCUGGAUGGAGGACUACGACUAUGUCCACCUGCAGGGCAAAGACGACUUCGAGCGGCAGCAGAAGGAGCUCCUGGAUAAAGAAAACAUCAUAAAGCAGAGCCAGGUCCAGCUGGGACAGGAACAGAUCAAUCAGUUCAAGAAGCUGGAGCAGGAAGUGAUCAAACCCGUGGAGAACGACAUCACACAGUGGAUCUCGCACCAACACACGGGCCUGACCUCCACCUCGCCCUCUGACUCCUCCUCCUCCUCCCUGUCCCCCUCCACCCCCGUGUGCGCCCGGGACCGCGAGCUGCUCGGCUUCUACUCGGAGCAGUGCGAGCAGCACUUCGUCACGCUCCUCAGCGCCGUGGACGCCUUUUUCGGCUGUGUCAGCGCCGGGCAGCCGCCGCGCAUCUUCGUCGCCCACAGCAAGUUCGUCAUCCUCAGCGCGCACAAACUGGUCUUCAUCGGAGACACUCUGUCCAGGCAGGCGACGGCGCCCGAGGUGGCCAACCGGGUCAUGAACUCCAGUAACGUGCUGUGUGACUUGCUAAAGACGGUCGUGGCAGCGACUAAAACGGCCGCGCUGAACUACCCGAACACGGCCGCCAUCCAGGAGAUGGUGGACAGAGUCACAGACCUCUCACAUCACUCGCAGCAGUUCAAAGAACAGUUGCUGCAGUUGGCUAAUUUGUGAUUUACGCUCCGUGCUGCUCCGCUGAAUCUCCCCACAGACUCCACAUGUACAUGCUCCGAGCAUAAAUCUAUAUAUUUACAGUUCAUUUAUAUAAAUAUAUAUAUAUUGCUCCUCAUCUUUAAGCCUUUUUUGAUGUUGUAAAUAGUCGGUUCUGUAAAUAUCUGCUCUAUUUUUGUUUAGAUUGUUUUAUAUUAUGGUAUGAAUAUAUAUUUAUGUAGCAGCAGUUUUUUGUUGUCUGUAGGAUCAUGUAGACGUUUUUCAUAACAUUCCUGUCGCAUAUUAUAUAUAUAAAGCACCUUAUGAGAUGAGUCCUGUUCUUUCAUUUUUACCUGUAGAAUGUCGUUAAUGUGUCUUACUGCUGGAUGUGACAGUAAAUCUCCCUGUAAAUCACGUUAUUGUGGAAAUGUGUGUGUGUGUGUGUAUAUGUGUGUGUGGAGCUCUCCACAAAGUAAAGGAUUGUCUUGAAACGUG